ACCCCGGGAUAUAUCAGUAUACGAAGAGAAAAAGGAAGAAGGUUUAGAAGAUGAAAUUCGGGAAUCAACGUUUGACGGUUAAUUCAAAUUUGAGGUUUGGCGAUGAGGUGGCGUUAAAACGAACCAAACCCCCCAAUAGUCAUAGACAUAAGCUGCCGCUGAAGCCGCUGAACGGGUCAGGGACUGCGGAUGGGGACCGUUGACUUGUGGUAACUUUCGCGACCGAGAUUCCGGGGGACAAGAAAGGAAGUUGGAAGGCAAAAGCGUGUCAAAAAAGGGCUUGAAGCGUGCAGGAGCUGAGUUACAGGACCUGUUGGGUCAUCCAAGCACUGGUGAGGGGGGAGGAUGGUUGAGGCUAAACCCAAGGAACAAGCGAGGACGAGAAGAGAUGAUGGUUAGAACCAGCGAUGGCUGUGUAUGGAACGAAACACGACAAGAAUACGAUGUGACCUCCUCUUUUCUUCCCGGUACUUUCUCGUGCCAGGACACAGGUCAGAAUUGGUGGUGAAGCCCUUUUUCAGGUCUGCUGGAACUUGCUUAUACUAUAGGAUGGGUCUUAUGUGAUGACCGGUCAAGGUGGUUUGCUUUGAUGACUCUUCGAACCGACACUAGCCUGGCACAGCUUCGGAACGCUACUGGUGAAGGAAGUAGCCUAGUCAAGGGUGCAUUGUUGUCUCAAGGCGUCCCUUAGAAUUGGAGGCAAAUGCCACCCAUUGGGAAGGGAACGAAUCAAAGGGCGGCAGGAGGCGUAGUAAAUGGAAAAGGGAAAAGGCCUCAGACGGAGUGGAGAUGGCGAUGCUGCUGGCAAAUAGACGAAGCGCUGUACGGGAUGGAACCACUGGUGAAGUCAACCACGAACCACAUCGCUUUGGUGGCUGGAGGCACACAGUAACAUUUAUCUAGCGGUGAUGAGGAGGAAAGAGGAGGGGAACUUCUUGGAACGGAUGGAGAUGCCUUGGUUGAAGAAUGAUAAGAGAAGAGAACAAGAAAAGAAGAUUCCUGGAUGAUUGAUUCACUACCACUACCAUCAUCUCUCCUUUUUCCUUAUUCUUUUUUUUUUUUUU